CUUGAAUCUCUUGAAGAGUCUUGAUAAAUGAAUCCCUCCAAGCAGGACGCCCGAGAAUGGGUUGAAAUUAUUUUUGUUGGAAAAUAGUCUGCUAUUUCGAAAAUAUGUUGUAUUCAUAUCAUGCGUCCAAUUUUAUAUACAAUAGCGUGAAAUGGUCAUCUCGAACUUCAUGUUCUCUAGGUCUCUUGCCUAUGAUCUUAACAUAGUGUGCCCUUGCCAACUCUCAUCAGCCACACUUCCAAAGUUCAAUCGAUAACCAAUGCUCUUUGAUAGAACGAUUGCGUGGGAAAACCCCUCCAUUGAUGCCUUACGAUACGAGACCGGAACAACGGCACCAAGAUUGCUCGUGUUUUAUUAUGGGACGAAGAUAAGCAUUCUCCAAAACCUUACUUCCGCUCGACGAACAUGUCGCCAGACACGCAUGAUCAAAGACCUGUUCUGAUAACGAGCGGCAUUGCAUUUUUUUUUUUCAUUUUUCGUUAUGUUUGCUGCCCACCGGUCUUAUCGAUUGAAUCCCUGACACAACAAGAGGGUUUAAACAAGCCCCCAUCAAUCAAAGUGCAUAACGAGCACACUCACACACCGCUGUUUGAUAGGACAUACUAAUCCAAAAGCCUCAAUAAAAUACCCGAUAUGCAUCGUGCAUUAUCUUAUUCAAUCCCCUUCAAAAUGAUUUUACAACACCAUAAUCAUUACCAACGAAUUAUACCACCCUAUUCCCUAUAAAUCGGGCGAUUAACGAUAUCUCGCUUAACUUUAUGAUGCAGAUCUGGUAGCUUCUAUCGGCUCCACAUUCGUAUAAAAGAAUGCACUUUCGGCUAGCUGCUUCAGUAAGUGUUUGGGCCUGCUCAGACCAAAUUAAAAAUUACAAUUCUGUCCCUCGUUGCAAACAUGGCUAGUGUUCAAUUGUCAACGACAGCUGUAUUAAUCGUGCUCGCGAUCGCCUCGAUCGCAGGUACAUCGGUUGCUCAAGAUGAUCAAACUCCUGUAGUAAGAAUAGGAAGGUUAGGAGCAGUCAUGGGAACCAUGGGAGAGACGGCAUGGACUGGACGACCCAUCUAUAAGUUCUUCAACGUCAAGUACGCCGAGGCUCCGGUGGGACGAAACCGUUUCCGACCCCCGCGGAGCGUACGCCCAUGGACUGGUGUUAUGAAUGCUACAGUUCCUGGGCGUGCCUGCCCUCAGCGGCGCACUCUCUCUCAGGAUGACCCUGAUGCCGAGGAUUGUCUCACGCUUUCGAUCUAUUCUAACAACCUUACGGGUAAUCGUCCCGUCAUGCUCUACGUCCACGGAGGUGCCUUCGUGGUCGGAUCCGCGGAGCGAUUCGGACCUGAGUAUUUGCUCGAGAAGGACAUCGUCCUCGUCGUCAUACAGUAUCGCUUGGGUACACUCGGAUUCCUGUCAACUGGAACCAAAUCUAUUCCCGGAAAUGCCGCCAUGUACGACGUAAUGGAGUCGCUUGAGUGGGUAUCCCGACACAUUCGUAGCUUCGGUGGAAACCCACUAGAAGUAACGAUCUUCGGUGAGUCUGCCGGAGGACAUGCAGUUUCCGCUAUGCUCCAUAGCCCCCGGGUUCGUGAGGGACUCUUCAAACGCGCCAUCAUCCAGUCCGGUACCUUGUUCAUGCCCUGGGUCAUCUGUCAGGAUCCUACCGAGGGUGCAUACGAGAUCGCUAACAUCAUCGGUUGUAACAUGACGACUCCUGCCGAGAUCGACAGAUGUCUCAAGAACGCAUCGGUCCGCGAUUUGGUUUUGGCGCAAGACGAACACAAGAAAAAUGAGUUCAGCUCACCAGGAUAUCCCAAGGUUGCUGGAGCUUGCAUCACCGUCGGUGGAGCUUACGGAAACCAGAGCUUCAUGCCCGUUCACCCCAGAGAGUCUACCUACUUCCGGGAUGUUGAGAUCAUCUUCGGAAUGAACUCCCAGGAGGGUCUUAUCUUCUUCAACGAGUACUUCCGCUACGCCCUGGAUUCUCAACCCAUCGAGUUCGACUCUCACUGGGACUUCCUGGAGUUUCUCAAGACCGUUAACAUCAAGUUUGGAUCUGGUGCGUUCGUCGAUGCCGUUGUUGGCUAUGAGCUCCUGUCCAAAGCCACCUGGGAGGAAAUGGAUCGUGCUAACUUCUCAGAGAUAGUUCCUCUGUUCAUUGAUGUUGCUGGAAACUUGGCCCUCAAAUACGGUUCCGUCGAGGAGGCUAACCGAUUCGCUAGAGCGCUUCCAGGGCAAGUCUACCUCUACAACUUUGACUAUGUUGGGCCGCCGUCUCCUGUUACCCCCGGAUUUCCGUACGAUUUCCCCAACACAGUCGGUCAUGGCGAUGAGCUCAAGUUCUUGUUCCCCAUGUCAAACGUACUGAACGAAGAGCACACCCAAAUGGCUAAGAUCAUGGUGGGUCUGUGGACGUCCUUUGCGAUCACUGGCAAGCCUCAGGCUGAUAACGUCAUGCCAUGGCCAACUGUAUCGAGACCAUUUGGACCGUAUUUCCGACUCGUCAACCCGCCAGAACAGAAAGAAUAUUUUGUCAAUGAGUUAACGAACAGUGUGGAGAAAGCCAGAGGACCGCGAAAGCCAUCCUCUUCCUCGCAGACUUCUGCGUUGCUAGCGCACUGUAAUGAUCUUCUCUUAAAACGGAGUAAUGUUUACUGACCAUAAACACUGACCUGACUUUGCUAAUCCUCUUGUAACACAGACGUGAUAGCAAAAUAUACUUAUUCGCAAGCAUCCUACAUGAUUGAAGUUACACUUACCAAUGAUAUAUCACUAAGGCUCUUUUUUAAUUCAAAUAAAAUUUAAGCGCACUUAAUGUCAUACAAUGCACUGUUGUGUUAUUACCACAACAGCCAUAUCCAUCACUUACACACUGAACACGAUAACGAUAAGAGAGAAGCGCGAGAAGAGAGAACCUUGCUUUCUCAAAUCAUAGAG